AUGAGUGCAUCGGGCCCAACGUUGUCUAAUGUUGUGUUGCUGUCUCUUUCAGAAAAAGCUCUGCCCCUGGUUUACUGGUGGUUGGGCACAGCCUGGUACCAGUUAACAACGGCCAUCUCCUUGAUCGAUGUCUUUACUCUGUCCAGGUGUGUCCCUCAUGUGAAGAAGUGGAUGCUGCUGGUGUUGCUGGCAUUACUGGGUGUUGGCCUCUUGAUGACAUCCACAGGUAUCUGGUCUCGUGCCGAUAAGCUGGGUGCGCUGGAAAGCACUCAGGAAGUGAAAAGCAUUGUGGAGCAAGCCCUGAAACUGUACAGCGCUGACAGGGUUGGAUUGGUGGAUUAUGCACUGGAAUCUGCUGGUGGCACUGUGAUCCACACGCGCUGCACAGAGACUUUAGAGACCAAAACUAUUCUUAGUCUGUUUGGCUUUCCACUGUGGUACCAAUCUCACUCACCCAGAGCUGUCAUUCAGCCGGAGGUUCAUCCUGGGAACUGUUGGCCAUUUAAAGGCUCCCAAGGCUUUGUUGUCAUCGAGCUUGCUGUCCAGAUCAGGCCUACAGCCUUUACCCUAGAGCACAUUCCAAGAUCCAUUUCUCCGCGUGGAUCAAUUAGCAGUGCCCCUGAAGACUUCCCUGUUUAUGCAACUACUUUAUGA